CUGAAGCAAUUACUCAGAGUACACUAAUCCGCACCGUUUCACCAUUCCUUGAACUUUUCUACUGCUCCCGAUUGCGCACGCACAAGUUAAAAUAUUUUAUCAUUGUGUGCACCGUGCCGUACUACUGUGUGUUUUCUUACGCCUGAGUUAACGACGUGCGUUCUGCAUAGAAACAACGGAAGCAUUUUUGCUUGCAAAUUUCACCGUUCCACGUGAUUUUUUUUCGUCUGUAAACACUGGCUGAAUUCAAGUUACACGUUUUUUACAAACAUUUACGACCGGUCAAAGUUUAGCUCAAACUGUUUUACCAUCGAAACGGAAAGUGACACAGAAUCACACGCGGUGCAAACGAAGAAAACAGGAAAAAAGAAACAUUCGACAAGGUGAAACAACACGUGCUAGAAAGUUCCUGAACGGACCGGCACAAAGCUUGCCCUAGUGAAAUUAAGGAGAUUUAAGCACAAAAUCUGCAGUAGACGGCGCCUGGUUUCUUCUUCGGUACUUCCGUCCACUACUUUGAUUGCAAUCGAUACUCAGUCGAACUUCGUUCGUGGGUGCAAAUAAAGACAGAACAUACUUAAACAAAAGUGCGAACGAGUACGAGGAUACGGCGUGUUUCUGCGUUUUUGUUCCGUUCACAGCAGGCCAUUCGUGUGCAAAGAUUUUCCCACACUAGCGGCGAAGCAACACACAACAACAAACCGCCAUCGGUAGCGACCGGCAAUAUACAGACGAACUUACACGUGAUAGAACGCUUUUCUUUCCACUCGGAAAGGAAAAAAUAGGGAACGGCAUCUCGUGUACCGUGUGUUGGUCAGUUUUUCCGCGAACGUUUGUUUGCGAAUAGCAAAAAUCUGCGUCUAUCCCGGUGCACAGCCGUCAGGUACUGCCAAUUUUCUGCGUUCCAUCUGGGAAAAACAGCUCUCCGCAGCAUCCAUUCGAGGCCCGCUCAGGGUCGAUACGGCCGUGCAGUAGAGUCGUUACGUUAGACGCGAUCAACACACACAUUGGUGUAGAUAUUGCCAACAAAGUGACAGCUGCGCUUCGCUUUUUUCGUCGCUAUACCAGGUGGUGUGAUUCUUAGUCGUUAGAAACGAUCAAAACAGAACACAGGACAGGAGAGAGUGCUCCAUCGUAAGUGCGAUUUUUCCUUCCCUCCCGAUCGAACUGGUUCGAUCGUGGACCAUACCGCAAAAAGGUACAUCUAUACAUACAAAAUGUGGUUCGGCUUCGCAAACGACGUAGCAGAAGCCUGACACACGACACACCUUUGAGUGUGCCGAGAGAGAACGAGACAUAUAGUGCGAGCCGUUUUUCGGCCAAAUCGUAUCUCGAAAGGAGUGCAAAGGGAACUGCUGAAUCCCUUCACUUGUGGAGCCCUUUGCCGGAGCGAUCCGCAAACACAGAGAAAGCCUAUUCGACCAUUUCGAGCCCCCCGGGGAAAGCUUAAUGAAAGCGCACCAUCCAGUGACAUCAUUGAGGAAAGCCAGCGGCCAGUCUAACGCACUGCUAGCACCACUUAUGCAUUGUAUUCGGAAAACCGCGACCAUCGAAUCCGCCGCCCAUUGUCUCCGCUACCUGCCGAAGGAUCCCCGGCUCAGACCGUUAAGUAGUAGAGCUGAACCGCGCAGGAUCUUAGCGUCCUGUAUCAUCACCACCACCAGCAGCAGCAGUAGUGGCAGUGCGCUAAGUAGUAUUAGCCACACCACCACUAAGACCACCACCGGCAUCCGGCGUCAGGCGUUCGUCGAAAACGCCAACCGUAGCAGUGUCGUGUCGGUCAUCGCCAAGAGCCAUCGAUCAUCACGUCGUCCGUUUUACUCGGCUUUGCUUCGAGACGAACUACUACGAGGAACGACGACGCAAACGGAGACGCGAACCAGUAAUAGCAGCAAAAGCUACGGGGGCAAACAAAUCCCGGGCGAGCGACAGCUAGUACUGCCACAGGCGAGGCGACAGUUUUUCCGCGACGACCUCGUGUAGUAGCAAGAGUAGUGGUUAGUGGUAGAAGCGAUCCUGCGAAAACAAAACACACGCCUCUACAAAGUGUUGUGUGACAUCAGUGGUGACGCUUGGCGACGCGCGCGCUUUUCAAUUCACUGAUUUUUUUCCGAUUCCCGCGUCCAUCCCAGGCUCUUGUAGCGGCGCUUGGGCCUCGAGUAGCAUUUUUCGCCUCGUCCCCGAGGGAAAAAAACGCAGCCACCACACUUGUGUGUGUGCUUUUGAUCGCUUGCCCGCCGCGCGGUCACUGGAUGAGGUUUGUACCAGCGGCCCAUCGAAAGGAAAUACCGCUCGAAGUUAGUAGUAACCCUAUCACCUCUAUUGGUGACAAUGGUGCUCGAAAUACGUAUCACCGAUCCGUCGGAGAAAUCGAUCACCCCGGAGCGGGCGAUCGGUAAUAUCGCCGCGGGCGAUGAAACGGUCGACGAGGAGGACCGUCGGAAUAAUAACACCAAUCGUCGACUCCAGUCGCCUCGGAACGGAGCGUCACCGGGACGGAAUGGGGCGACACCUGCGCAGCGCAUCGGUCGGGAGGAGCUGGAGGCGAUAAAGACAAACUUGCUCAACACGAACGAGGUAACGUUCAGUACCGUGCUCGAUUCCGAUCUCGGCCCACCGGGAUCACCUGGCUCGAGGAAGGGGGGCGGUAAUUAUGGGAAGAACCUGAGCAUGUCCCAGCUGAAGGUACCUGGCACUGCUAGUGGUGGUGAUGGUCAUAGUGGUGGUGGUGGCGGUAAUCGUCGUAUCCGACUCAACUCGGAGCUCUCGGAAGCGGACUCGAUCCUGUCGUCGUAUCACGAGCCGGAGAAGAAGAAACCACCGAAGAUCCCGGACGGUGGAUACGGAUGGGUGGUCGUGUUCUCAUCCUUCAUGAUCUCACUCAUCAUGGACGGCGUGUCGUUCUCGUUCGGGCUGAUCUACACCGAGCUGCUGACAUACUUUGGCGAGUCGAAGUCGAAAACGGCCUGGAUCGGUUCGCUGUUCAUUGCGGUACCGCUCCUGUCCGGUCCGGUCAUGUCGAAUCUGGUCGAUCGGUACGGUUGUCGCAAGAUGACCAUGCUCGGGGGCAUGAUGGGUGGCAUAGGGUUCGUGCUAGCCUCCUACUGCCAGUCGGUGGAGCAGCUGUACUUUACCUUCGGCAUUCUGGCGGGCGUUGGGCUGGGCGUCGGGUACGUCACCGUGGUGGUGAGCGUUGCCUUCUGGUUCGAUAAAAAGCGCACGUUCGCGACGGGUAUUGGCGCGUCCGGUACCGGUAUCGGUACGUUCGUGUACGCACCGCUCUGCCGUUGGCUGAUCGAUAACUUUGGCUGGCGCGGUACGACGCUCAUCCUUGCCGGGACGCUGUUCAACAUCGUUGCCAUGGGUGCAUUGAUGCGUGACCCCGAGUGGAUGAUCGAGGAGAGCAAACUGGAGAGCCGGGCGCAGAGCAUACAGACGUUCUCGAACUCGAGCGUCUACCUGGACGAGAUCAAGAAGCUCAUCGAGACGGGCAUCUCGAAGGAGCACGUGCUGGACACGCUGGUGACGAAUGUGAACACCGAGGCGAACCAGACUAUCCCAGCCGAGGAUCCGACCAUGACGAAGAAGUAUCAAAGCGAGGUCGCCCUGCCGACGUUCUUUAGCGAGGAUGAGCAGCAACCGCAACAGCAGCAAUCGCACCGAGGAGGAGGAGGAAAUAUGCGCGGAAGCCAACGAUCGCUACGUCACAGUGUCCUCACGAAGGAAACCUUCAAACGGUCGAUCACCGGUGGCAGCAAGCUGGCCCAGGCAACAAAGGCCGUCCUAGCCAGCUCGGAAACGCUCAACUCGUAUGAAAAGUUCUCCGACGAGGAGGAGGGUGACGACGAGCUCGGGCAUCAGGAUGGGAUUAGCUUGGGCAUUCGUGCGUCGCUGAAGACACUCAGCGUUGUUUCGCUUGAGGAUGCGUACCUGAGUGUGAAGCGUCAGCAGGAGCUGCACGUAAAGGCGGGUGGCAGUACGUGGUCUUUGGACGAGGAGGCUCUCACUGGAUCCCUUGUCGUUCCGACACUGCACGGUCGCGAUGGAAUUGGUGGUGGUAGUGGUGGUGCUAGUGGACUGGAUGGGCUUGGGCAGGAGCGGUCACGCAGCUACCGUGGCAACUCGCUGGAUGUGGUGUACGAGAAUGAAAUUUUUAACCCGAACGUUGACACGAGCGUAACACUGGUGGUACCGAAGCAGACCAAGCUGCUGCAGCGCUCAUCACCGCGCAACGGUGGCCUAAAGAAGCAACAGCAACACGGCCUCGGUCGGACGCACUCGAUGCGCUAUUCGAACUUCUACAAGGACAUGCGGCUGCACCGGAACUCGAUCCAUUAUCGUGGCGCGCUGCUCAACACGCACCGCUACCGACUGAAGGCGUCCUCCUGUCCGAACAUUUACCGCAAUUCGAUGACAACGAUCGCCAAGGAACAAGAUGAGCCAUGGUACGGCAGCUUCAUCGACACGUUAAAGUCCAUCUUCGAUUUUUCGCUGUUUUUCGAAUUCCGCUUCGGUAUGCUAUCCAUCUCGACGCUGCUGCUCUUCGUUUGGUACAUCAUUCCCUACUUCUACAUCCCGGAGUACGUGCUGAAGUAUAAGUAUAGCGAGCAGGACGGUGCGAAUCUAAUUUCGGUGAUCGGUAUCACGAACACGAUCGGCAUGGUUGGUCUCGGCUGGCUGGGUGAUCGACCUUGGGUCGACGUUAAUAAGACAUACGGUGUUUGUCUGGCACUUUGUGGGGCCUCCAUCUUCGUCAUGCCCUGGCUUAUCUCGAGCUACGCGGCCAUGGUGGUGCUGUGCAUUAUUUUCGGCUUCACCUUCGCCAGUACGUUCUCCUUUACGCCUAUAAUCAUGGUGCGGCUGGUGAGCCUGGACGAUUUCACCGUUGCCUACGGGUUGAUCCUGCUGGUGCAGGGCAUAGGCAGUCUGGUCGGGCCCCCGAUCGCCGGUUUCCUGUACGACAUCACCGAGCGCUGGGACGACUCGUUCUAUGCGGCCGGUUUUUUCAUCUUCCUGUCCGGCAUCUGCGCUUGGGCCAUCGGUGCGUCGGAACAAACCGCCGACAGUGACUCGGAAGAGGAGGAAAAAGAAAGCGAAGCUCUCAGUUCGACGGCUACGGCCUAGAGCAGAAGGAAGGAGGGUAGGGAUAGGUACGCGUGGAGAGAGAGAUCAAUAGAGCUAGGGAAUGGAUAGAUAGAGGACCUUUGGUGCCUUUUGUACUUACUUAUACCGAUGGUUGGGUGG